AAAAAAUUAUUAUAUAAAAAAAAAAUGGUAAGCUCCACCAUAGAAAAUUAGAAAUUGAGUUCCUCUAUUAAAGUAAAACGACGCACGGAACUCCCGCUCGGUAAUUGCCAUUCCCACCGCCUUAGAGAUAGAAAGAGAAAGAACAAAAAAGACCCAAAAUUAGGGCACGGAUCGACGGCCCCUUUACCCUUCUCCCGCUCUUUUUCUUUUCGGGUAACCCUAACCCGAUUAUCUAACUCUAGUUCCCAACCCGAACCGUCCGUCUCUCUCUCUAACUAAACCCUAAUUUCGAACCAACUCGGGUUGUGGACCGCCGCCUCGCUUCCCGGAGGAAGAAGCGCGCCGCGAUCGCCAUAUAGAGACGAGCUCUACGUUUGAUUCCGUUCGAUCAAGGGGUGAUCUGGCCCUGGAAGCUCGAGAUCCGGCUGUAUCCUUCACGGGAUCUGGAGAAAUGGUGGUCAAUGGCCGGCCGGUGAAGAGAGCGAAGCGCCGCAUCACGGCGGAUCUAUACGACUUCUUCUCCUUCCCCUCCGAUGCUGCUACCGGCGAUCUCGACGGUCCGUUCCGGUCCAACGUACAGGUGUUCCUCUCCCGCCACGCCCGCCUUUUACCUCCACCGUCGAUCUUGCCUCCGUCACCGCCUCCUCCAGCCGGCCAUCUGCUAACAUGGCGGGUCGGGUUCGGCCUUGGUGACGCCACCGCUGGAGACGGCGAGGAGCCCUUGUCUCCGGCAAGUUCUGCUGCUAUGGCUACGGUGGAGCUCGAUGUUGUCGAGGAGGACGUUGCGCGUUCCAAAUCCGUCUACUGCGAUCAGUGCCGAGUUGUGGGUUGGAGUUGUCACCCUGUAUGCAGGAAGCGUUAUCACUUCAUAAUUCGGAAUAAUGCUAAUCCAUUGUCUUCCUCCCAUCAGAAGUGCUUGUGUUGUGGAGCUUUAUUGCAGAGGUUGGAUUCACGAUGCCAUUCAUGCAACCAUGAUAUUACAGCUGAAAUUUCUGAAGAUUGGGCUUAUAAUCAGCUCGAAGAUCCUACACAUUUACUGCAUGGUUUAGUGCAUGCAAAUGGUUAUGGGCAUCUGCUGAGAGUGAAUGGUCGAGAUGGUGGUUCAAGAUACUUAACAGGAUCUGAUAUAAUGGGAUUCUGGGACCGCUUAUGUAAGAUGCUUCGAGUCAGGAAAGUUACAGUUAUGGACAUAUCAAAGAAACAUGGAAUGGAGUACCGCCUGCUCAACGCAGUAACUUGUGGCCAACCAUGGUAUGGAAAUUGGGGCUACAAAUUUGGCGCAGGUAGCUUUGGAGUUACUGCAAAAGCAUACCAAGAAGCUGUGGAUACUCUCGCUAACGUACCCUUAUCCCUCUUCUCCUCCCACUCCAGAACGCAACGCACUACGUUACAGAACGCAGUUGCAUUAUAUUGCUCCCUUUCUGACAAACAGUUACUAACUUUAAGGGAUCUUUUCUCCUACGUCAAUCACCUUCUUCAAGACUCUCAUGACCAUUUAUGUCAUCUCUCUUCUCCAAGAAAGAAAUUUCCACAGGUUAUUUCAGCAGGGGCUUUGAGCUCAUCGAGCAAGCAAGAGAUGGAAAGAAUGGAGGAGGUCAUGGUGAAGGUUCUUAGGGCUGUGGGCAGAUCUCAUUGGGUUACUUGGCGAGCCCUUAAGGGCGCGACAAGUGGUUCGGCUGGAUCCCCAGAACUGCUUGAUUACUGUCUCAAAGGACUCAAUGGCAAAAUCACAGAUGACCAAUUAGUAGUUCAGUCCCGGUUCAAUGAGGAGACGAAUGCCAUUGAAUUCAGGCUUGAAUCUUAUGAUCAAUUGGUUAGUGAUGUCCAAAGGCGAGUGAUCAAGUUGUCAUCUGAUCAUUUCACUCGGCAUUUGAAAUCUCUAUAUGAUGGAAUGCUUGAUCCAGCAACUAUGCUUCAGUUUAAGCCUAAAGAAACAAGGGAAUCUAUUCUCAGUUCAGCUAGAAAAAUUUUGGACUGCAAGCAUUUUGUCAAACACUUUGAUGAACAUCUCACCUUUUUUGCGCCAUCGUCGAACCCAUCUGAAUCACAUAUUUGGUGUAAUGUUGAGCUAUACGAUGAGCCGGCGGAAUACACAUCUCCACCACCUGAACUUGUGGUCUUGCCAGCCAAUGCCGCCAUUGCCGACCUCAAGUUGCAGGUUGCGAAAGCAUUCAGGGAAACUUAUAUUGUUUUUCAAAGAUUCCAACCUGAACAGGUGGUAGGAUAUAACACAGUUUCUGAUUCUAAAAUCAAGCAACCAACAAACACUAAAGGCGUAGUUCUGAUCAGGGGAAGGUGUCUGGCAGGACAUGGAAAGCUCAGUCGUUUCAGGAUGGAAAGAGGAAUUGAAAGUUGGGAGGUUGAUUGCCUGUGUGGUGCGAAGGACGAUGAUGGAGAAAGAAUGAUGGCGUGUGAUGGCUGUGGAGUUUGGCAACAUACGAGAUGUGCAGGUGUUAAUGAUCAGGAUAAAGUACCAGAGAAGUUCAUUUGUAUAAAGUGCUACAUGGCUUCACCAAAACUUGGAAAAGAGAGUAAAGACACUCAAGAGUGCCAAAUCUAAUGGAAGCAUCUAUGAAGAAAUGGUAAAAUCUCAGUGAAA